CGGGUAUCUCGAUGCCAUGGGCCUUUCCAUACUGCGUGGGGAGAGCUGGAAGACUCUUAUGAGGACGGUUCCUGGGUUUAAGCCUUUGAGUUACGAUGAUGGAAAUUUUCUGUAUGUUGGGUUGCGGGAUCAAAACGAUGUGCAACGGCAACGGGUGAUUGAUGCGGGGAUGGAUGUUGUGUGGGGUGGUGGUACUAGUCGGAAAGUGGAUUUUGCGGGUGAGUCGACGAUGAAGCUGGAGGCGAAAUGUUAUGGUUCGGUUUUGGUGCAUCUGGACUUGGAUGUAUCCUUCUCCCCGGGGGGGUGUUUGAGGAGGAUUUGGUGGAGUGUAUGAAUCUAGUGCCUAAGAUGAGUAUACCUA